AUGGCAACAUGCCUCCAGAAAAUAACACAAGACAAUGCAACAUCAGUGUUAAUAGUACCCAUCUGGACAACGCAACCCUGGUUCACAGGGAUACUGAACCUGCUCAUGGACAAACCACUCAUUCUUCCUCAAUCAAACUCACUGCUGACACAGCCCCACAAUGGGGAUCUUCAACCGCUGCGACAUCACCUACGUCUAAUGGUUUGCAAAGUCUGUGACAAAGCUUCAAACAUAGAGGAAUUUGAAAUGACGUUACUUCCAUCAUAAUCCAGUCAUGGUCUGCUGGUACCCAGAAACAAUACCAACCGUACAUUGCCAAGUGGCUCCGAUUUUGUGCUGAACGCAAGAUUAAUCCCUACAAUCCACCUUUGAACAUUGUGCUAGACUUCCUGGUACACCUUCAUAACCAAGAUCUUAAAUACACAACAAUAAACGCAGCCAGAAGUGCAAUUUCAGCCAUUAUACUACCUCAAGGGACCACUACCAUAGGAAGCCAUCCGAUUACUUCACGACUCAUGAACGGCAUCUGCCGGUCCAAACCUCCAAGGCCAAAGUAUCAAACUGCUUGGGAUGUACAACCAGUACUAACAUACCUAUUUACUAUUGGAACUGCUAAAAACCUGGAUCUUAAGAUGUUGGACACGGUUGCUCUGGUUUCUGCCCAAAGUGGGCAAAGCCUACACAUGCUUGAUAUAACACUUAUGAAACAGGAUGAAUCCUCAUUUGAGUUUUUGUUACCAGAACAUGUGGAGCAAAGUCGAUCAGGGUACACACCAGAUUCAAUUGUUCUGCAUGCUUUUCCUGCUCAUGAAAAAUUGUGUGUUUUUUAUCAUAUGCGAACAUACAUAAAUCAAACGAAACCACUUAGAGGGAAUGAAACCAAACUUUUCAUCAGCUAUAUGAAACUACAUCAUCGAAUUUCGAGAGACACUAUAACUAGGUGGAUACGUCAAACCAUGACAAAUGCUGGAUUCGAUACACAGAUUUUUAAACCGCACAGUACCAGAGCUGCUGCGACUUUAAAGGUUAAAACAGCCUCCGUUCCUAUCAGGACAUUCUCAAUAAGGCAGGGUGGUUCUCAUCGCGAGCUUUUGAUAAGUUUUAUCAUAAACACAUUGUCAGUAAUGAACAAACAUUUGCUACAGCUGUUCUGA